UCGAGUUCUCCAGCCCCUCCCUCAGGUCUGUCAGUAGUGUCAGUACUCAGUUGUCAGUAGGCAGUACUGUCACAGUAGUCAGAACCGGUGGGUGUCGAGUGCUGAAGUCUGUCGUCCUCUUCUCUUUCUCCUAAACUCAGUCUUCUAUCCAUAAAAAACAACACAUGGAUAUUUGCAUAAGUGUAUUAAAACUGUGAUAUCACUCGUCAUAGUUCGUACAAGACCAGAUGGACUUCUCUAAUGGAAGAAGCUGAGUGUUACGGAGGUUAUGGGUCUCAAGACGUAACAAGUUCUAUACUUCUGAAUGAUAAAUGGCGGAUGUUGUUUGACAAGUUUGACCCGGAAGGGUUUGGUGAGAUUCCGUGGGAUGACCUGUUGGUAGCACUAGACAGUCCAGAAUUUAUGGAGGAGAUUACACCAAGCAAGAGGGAUGUUCUUAUACAGAAAGCCCAGCAGAGGACGACAUCUGCCAUCACUUUUCAAGAUUUUGUAAAUGUGAUGAGCGGAAAGAGACGGCGUAGCUUCAAGUGCGCCGUCCACCAUUUGGACAGGGAAGUGUCGUCUGAGAACGAUUUCCACAUCAUCCUCAAGGAACCUCCUCUUUUUAAAAGGAUGGUCCAGAUAAUAGCGGAUGAAUUCCUGACGGAAGAAAGGGACAAGAAGUACUACGCUGAUCACUACACUUGCUGCCCCCCGCCAUUGUUCAUUCUUUUCAUCACGCUGGUCGAGCUUGGAUUCUUCACAUACUAUACGGUGGCGACAGGAGAGAUGAACCCAGCCGGACCAGUGCCAAUUGACAGCGUUUUCAUCUAUCGGCCAGACAAAAGACUUGAAAUAUGGAGGUUCUUCUUUUAUAUGGUUCUACACGCGGGAUGGCUUCACCUUCUCUUUAAUCUUCUGGUUCAGGUCGUGGUUGGAUUGCCUCUGGAAAUGGUACACGGCUCAUUAAGGAUUGGCACAGUGUACAUGGCCGGUGUUCUCGCUGGAUCUUUGGGAACGUCAGUAUUUGACACGGAUGUCUGUCUUGUCGGUGCCUCUGGAGGAGUUUACGCUCUUUUGGCAGCUCAUUUAGCCAAUGUUCUUCUAAAUUACAACAAUAUGGAGUUUGGUAUUGUACGUCUUGUCGGCAUAUUCACUGUUGCAAGUGCUGAUGUAGGUUUUGCAGUAUACGACCGAUACACAGAGACAGUGGGACCACCUGUUUCGUAUGUUGCCCACCUGACAGGGGCAUUGGCUGGUUUGACAAUUGGGCUCCUUGUUCUAAAGAACUUUGAGCAGAGGCUGCAUGAACAAUUGAUCUGGUGGGUUGCUCUCGGUGUAUACACAGCCUGCACCAUAUUUGCAGUCCUUUUCAAUGUGUUCACUCCUGCAUUUCCUCCUCCAUAAGAAUUUUUAAUUGUUUUUCAGUAGACGACUGAUAAAUGGACUGACAAUAUAUAUCUUUAUUUUUGCUUCAAGGUACAGCUGGUUUUUCCCUUUUUUUUUUCUUCUUCUAAUGACUCAAUCACCAUGCGGUGUUCAAAUUUUACUCCUGUUUUUCUGCCUGCUGUACAACAAAAGAUACCAAAGAAAGACUGAUAAUUUAUGAUUUAAGCUAAACCUAAACAUGUAAAAAAUGCAUUUUUUUUUAAACAAAACUUGCAAUUUGUUUCCUAUUAUGAUUAUUAUUUUUUAAUUACCCCCUCAAAGUGAUGCAUGAAGCUAGUCAUAAAAUUUGUAAAAAUUUAAAACACUAAAUAUGUAAAAAUAAUGUGAAUAUUGUACAGGCAAAAGAAAAUUUUUGUUCAAUUUAGAUGUUAUGUAAAUUGUUUGUUACAAAGACAAUUUAGAACGUGGACACGUAUUGCACGUUGAUUAAUUUAUCACUGGUAUUAUCUGUGUGGUUUAUCAAAAUAUCACUGUGUGCUAUAAUGAUACAGAUUUUUUAAUAUUAGGAUAAAAAUUGUACAAUAUCCCAAUUUUAACCAAUUGUUUUUAAUUUAAAAUGUAAAAUAUGCCAUUUGUCAUCUUUAUUCGUACUCUUACUAUAAAUGAACUUCAAAAAAUGUUUUCUUAUAGCAAAAAAGAGCACUGGUGGAAAUUUGCAUUAUUUACGAGGUAUGCAACCACAAUGUAAUUAUUUAUUUUUAUUUAUUGAUAAUUUGUUAUUAAAUUAUUAUCUUCCAUUUAUGUAUUAGUCUGAUUAGAUAUAAAUUUUUGUCAAUUACAUAAAUACAGAUUUUACCAAAGGUGUAAAAUCAGCUUUUCAUGUGUUUCAGUCGUCUGACUGUUGAGAAGAUAUAGUAUAGCCUAAGAGCAUCGACAUAAACAAUAUACAAGAACGUAAGCUUGCUCUUGUAAAAUGUUCUUGUUGUAUGCACUGUGUUCACCUUCGUUUAAAUACAAUGGCCCAUGCAUUUAUAAUUGUUAAAUUUUUUGGACGACUUAUUUCAAUAUUUGCUGUAUUAUUUAUUGUUAACCAACAACUUGAUACCUCAAUACUGAUCUAUAAAAUCGACUUUUUGUAUUAUUUUUCUAGAUGACUAAUUAUAAUAAAUUCAUGAUGUUAAU